GUCCCUCUCAGUCACUCUGUCUCUUCUUUUUUUUUUUUUUUUUUUUUCUUUCUUCUUCUUCUCCUCUCUUUGCUCGAGCUUCGCCUCUCUCUCUCACUCUCUCUCUCCUCGUUUGCUUCGGGAGUGAAGAAGGCGCACCGGAGAGUGGAGGAGCCGCUCAGAGGCGCAUGAGCCGCUGCCGAGUUUGGGACUGAGCGCAGAGCAACACCUCGGUGCCAUGGAAGUGCGCGCCCGGUGCGGGGGAAUGUACGCGCUGAGGGGGGGACCCGCCGCCUGGUAGCCAGCCUCCGACCCGCAUCAGGGGAGCAUGAGCCCGGCGCGCACACGCUGCUCUCCCUUCGCUGCAGAGGAGUUCCCAUCAGACUGUCCUUCCACUAUCUGACAUUUUUACUGUUCACAUUUUCCUCCCACUGACUUCAUUUUAGCCCCGUUUGGCUUCGCUGCUUUUCCACAAAGGUGAGAGGAUCAAUGAUGAGCAUCUCUGAGACCAACUGGCUUGGACUUUUCUAAUCAGAACCUGUUAACCACGACACAAAACCUGCCACCAACCAUCACCGCCAGGCGCCAUGGCAUGCUCCCUGUGGAAACUACAAACCUUCUGCUGGUUCCUCAUCACUCUGGCUCAAGUCCACUCCACAGAGGGGUUCAGCCGAGCCGCCCUGCCAUUUGGCUUAGUACGGAGAGAGCUGUCUUGCGAGGGCUACCCCAUCGAUCUGCGGUGUCCGGGAAGUGAUGUCAUAAUGAUCGAAAGUGCCAACUACGGCCGGACGGACGACAAAAUCUGCGACGCCGACCCUUUCCAGAUGGAGAACGUCAACUGCUACCUUCCGGACGCCUACAAGAUCAUGUCGCAAAGAUGCAACAACCGGACCCAGUGCAUCGUGAUCACGGGUUCGGACGUCUUCCCCGACCCCUGCCCGGGGACCUACAAGUACCUGGAGGUCCAGUAUGAGUGUGUGCCCUACAUUUUUCUUUGUCCCGGGACUCUGAAAGCUGUCGGUGAUCCGUCCUUUCUGUUCGAAGCGGAGCAACAAGCCGGCGCCUGGUGCAAAGACCCGCUGCAAGCCGGCGACAAAAUCUACUUCAUGCCUUGGACUCCUUACAGGACAGACACUCUGAUUGAGUACUCGUCCCUGGACGACUUCCAGAACGCCCGGCAGACCAUCACCUACAAGCUGCCCCACCGGGUGGACGGGACUGGAUUUGUGGUGUACGACGGCGCCGUGUUUUUCAACAAGGAGCGCACCCGCAACAUCGUCAAGUUCGACCUGCGGACUCGAAUCAAAAGCGGCGAGGCCAUCAUCAACAACGCCAACUACCACGACACGUCGCCCUACAAGUGGGGGGGCAAGACGGACAUCGACCUGGCGGUGGACGAGAACGGCCUGUGGGUGAUCUACGCCACGGAGCAGAACAACGGCAUGAUGGUGAUCAGCCAGUUGAACCCGUACACGCUGCGCUUCGAGGCGACCUGGGACACGGCCUACGACAAGCGCUCGGCCUCCAACGCCUUCAUGAUUUGUGGAGUACUGUACGUGGUGCGCUCCACCUACGAGGACAACGAGAGCGAGGUCAGCAAGAGCCUGAUCGAUUACAUUUACAAUACCAAGCAGAACCGUGGGGAAUACGUUGAUAUCCACUUUCCCAACCAGUACCAGUACAUCGCGGCUGUGGAUUACAAUCCGCGAGACAACCAGCUCUAUGUGUGGAAUAACUUUUACAUCCUGAGGUACAACCUGGAGUUUGGCCCGCCAGAUCCAGCGCACGCUCCGCCCCUGUCAGAAGUCACCACGUCGCCCCAGCCUCCCAGAACCACCACCACCACCACCACCACCACGGCGCACUGGGGCGUGGCCAACACCACCACCACAACAGGGUUCAGGGAGGGCAGCAGGGGAGCGCCCAAACCGCCGCCCGUAAUCCCACAGACUACUUCCCCUCCGCCCCUGGAGUCCUUCCCUUUACCUGAGCGCUUCUGCAAGGCCACUGAGAAAAGAGACAUAAUGUGGCCUCAGACCCAGAGGGGCAUGCUGGUGGAGCGGCCCUGUCCGAAGGGAACGCGAGGCACGGCGUCUUAUUUAUGCGUCCUCUCCACCGGGGACUGGCACCCGAAGGGCCCCGAUCUCAGCAACUGUACCUCCCACUGGGUAAACCAAGUCGCCCAGAAGAUCCGCAGCGGUGAAAAUGCAGCUAACUUGGCCAACGAGUUAGCCAAGCACACCAAAGGGCCCAUCUUCGCCGGGGACGUCAGCUCCUCGGUGCGCCUGAUGGAGCAGCUGGUGGACAUCCUGGAUGCUCAGCUGCAGGAGCUGAGGCCCAGCGAGAAGGAUUCUGCAGGACGGAGCUUCAACAAGGCCAUCGUGGACACGGUCGAUAACCUCCUGCGACCGGAGGCCCUGAAGUCGUGGCAGGACAUGAACAGCACGGAGCAAACCCACGCGGCCACCAUGCUGCUGGACACGCUGGAGGAGGGAGCCUUCGUCCUCGCCGACAACCUCAUGGAGCCGGCCAUCGUCAAGGUUCCCGCGGAUAACAUAAUCCUGGAUGUGUACGUCCUCAGCACCGACGGUCAGGUCCAGGAUUUCAAGUUUCCGCAAUCCAGCAAAGGAGGCAUCUCCAUCCAGCUGUCGGCCAACACCGUCAAGCUCAACAGCCGGAACGGCGUCGCCAAGCUGGUCUUUGUUCUCUACAAGAACCUGAGCCAGUUCCUCAGCACGGAGAACGCCACCAUCAAGAUGGCGAACGAGGCCUACAGCCGCAACGUGUCGGUGGCCGUCAACUCGGACAUCAUCGCCGCCUCUAUCAACAAGGAGUCCAGCCGCGUGUUCAUCAACGACCCGGUGAUUUUCACCCUGGAGCACAUCGACAUGGAGCACUACUUCAACUCCAAUUGCUCCUUCUGGAAUUACUCUGAGAGGAGCAUGAUGGGCUACUGGUCCACCCAAGGCUGCAAGCUCCUGGACUCCAAUAAAACGCACACCACCUGCUCGUGCAGCCACCUCACCAACUUUGCCAUCCUCAUGGCGCAUCGGGAAAUCUCGGUCAACGGCGAAGUGCACGAGCUGCUGCUGACCGUCAUCACUCGCGUCGGCAUCGUGGUGUCCCUCGUCUGCCUCACCAUCAGCAUCUUCACCUUCUGCUUCUUCAGGGGCCUGCAGAGCGAUCGCAACACCAUCCACAAGAACCUGUGCAUUAAUCUCUUCAUCGCAGAGUUAAUAUUCCUAAUUGGUAUCGAUAUGACGGAGCCCAGGAUCGGAUGUGCCAUCAUCGCGGGGAUCCUGCACUUCUUCUUCCUGGCCUCCUUCUCCUGGAUGUGUCUCGAGGGCGUCCAGCUGUACCUCAUGCUCGUGGAGGUCUUCGAGAGCGAAUACUCCAGGAAGAAGUACUACUACGUGUCCGGGUACCUGUUCCCCGCCAUCGUGGUCGGCGUCUCGGCCGCCAUCGACUACAGGAGCUACGGCACCAAGAAAGCGUGCUGGCUAAGUGUGGAUAAUCAUUUCAUAUGGAGUUUUAUAGGACCUGUCACCUUUAUCAUCAUGCUCAAUCUCAUCUUCCUGGUGAUCACAAUGUACAAAAUGGUGAAGCACUCCACCACCCUGAAACCAGACUCUAGCCGACUGGAGAAUAUAAAGUCCUGGACCAUGGGGGCGUUCGCUCUGCUGUGCCUGCUGGGUCUCACGUGGUCCUUCGGCCUCUUCUUCAUCAGCGAGGCCUCCAUCGUCAUGGCGUACCUCUUCACCAUAUUCAACACCUUCCAAGGAAUGUUUAUCUUCAUUUUCCACUGCCUUCUCCAGAAAAAAGUCCGCAAAGAGUACAGCAAGUGCUUCCGACACACGUACUGCUGCGGAGGGCUGCCGACCGAGAGCUCGCACGGCUCUGCGAAGACGUCCACCACGCGGACCAGCGCCCGCUACUCCUCUGGUACACAGAGUCGUAUCAGGAGAAUGUGGAAUGACACCGUAAGAAAGCAAUCUGAGUCCUCCUUUAUCUCAGGUGACAUCAACAGCACCUCCACCCUUAACCAAGGAAUGACCGGGAACUAUCUACUAACAAAUCCUCUUCUGCGACCACAAGGCACUAACAACCCUUAUAACACCUUGCUGGCUGAGACAGUCGUAUGUAAUACCCCCACGGCUCCAGUGUUUAACUCGCCAGUGACCUACAGAGAGACAAGGCACUCACUGAACAAUGCGGUGAGGGAUACAAGUGCAAUGGAUACUCUACCGCUAAAUGGUAACUUUAAUAAUAGCUACUCGCUCCGCAACGGGGACUUUGGCGACAGUGUGCAGGUAGUAGACUGCGGCCUCAGUCUGGACGAUGCUGCCUUCGAGAAAAUGAUAAUCUCCGAGCUAGUACACAACAACCUGCGUGCCUGUAACAAAAGCCACCAACAGCAACAGCAGCAGCACCACAGUUUACACCACCCGCCCCACCACCACCACCACCACCACCAGCAGCAGCAGCAGCAGCAGCAGCCGCCGCAGUACCACCACCACCACCACACGGAGCGGGCUCCGCCCAAGGUGACGGUGGUCGGCGGCGGCGGCGGCGGCGGCAGCAGCAGCGAAGACGACGCCAUCGUAGCCGACGCUUCGUCUUUGGUCCACGUGGGCGACGCGGUGGGCCUCGAGCUGCACCAUCAGCAGGAGCUGGAGGCGCCGCUCAUCCCCCAGCGGACUCACUCGCUUCUGUACGCGCCCCAGAAGAAGGUGAGGACCGACGGGGGCGUCGAAACCCUCGUCAGCCAGCUGACGCCCACCAACCCCGAUGAAAGUCUGCAGUCCCCCAACAGAGACUCCUUGUACACUAGUAUGCCCAACCUGAGAGACUCUCCGUUGCCCGAGAGCAGCCCGGACGUUGUGGAGGACCUGUCUCCGUCAAAGAGGAGCGACAACGAGGACGUUUACUACAAGAGCAUGCCUAACUUAGGGGCUGGCCACCAGCUGCAGGCCUAUUACCAGAUAGGCCGAGGGAGCAGCGACGGCUACAUUAUCCCCAUCACUAAAGACGGCUGCAUCCCCGAAGGCGACGUACGAGAAGGACAGAUGCAGUUAGUGACAAGCCUUUAAAUGUAUUUAAAUCAUCCCCCAGACGUCCUCCUGCAGCCCCGACCUCCUGGAGGACACGCCAGCGAGGGGAGGGGAAGUGUUUGUAUUAUUUUUGAAGGGAGCCCAGCCGCCCCGUCAUGUACACUCCCCCCAUCUGCAUCGCCAUCUCCUCCUUCCUCCUUCCCCCCCUCCACCCGCCACAAACAUGCCACUCUUCCUGCCCUCCCUGCAGACCGAUAGACUCGGAGCACAGCGACGGCAAAGUUUUAAAGGAGACUGUACAUAGAAAUGCAGAGUCAGAUUUCAAUUUUAAGAGACAAGCCAACUAUGUAUUUAAAUGUGCUGCUGCUGUUGAAUAAUUGAGAAAUUUAAGGUACGAAAAUAAAAUGAGAAAAAAAAAAAAAAAAGGCAAAAAAAAAUACAAAAAAAUAAAUAAAUACAAAAACAUUACUGGCUACAUCCAAUCAGCAAUUUUCCCAGUCAAAAGGUUGUACAUACACUCCC